GAGAGAGAGAGAGAGAGAGAGAGAGAGAGAGAGUCAGAGAGGCACUUAUUACUUGAGUCUCCUCCUCGUCUCCACACCUCAGCUGACAAGUCGAACAAGCCUGCAACUUCUCCUCUGACACACAACUAAACUAAAGCAGGAAGAACACAGGGAGAAACUCAUAGAGGCGCGCGCAGAGUUCCCAGAAGAGACCGUUGCCCGCACGAGCAAGAGCCCAUGGAGAGGAUGAACUUGAACGGAGGCGCGGGGGACAUUUUUCACAAAACUCUCAGCGCUGUGUCCACUAAGAAAACGGACCCCUUCCGGUCGUCGGCUGGCAUUGAACUCGCAGCCAGAGACCGCCAGUCACCUAUCAGCUGCUUUGACCAGACCGAGCAAGACUCCAUCCAGCCGGGAGGACUUGCAGGAGGCAGAGGGGGUCCACUGGGUCUGCCCACCGGAUCUUUGUGCGUCAAUUUCGGCGAGAGCGCCAAUAGGACCUCUGCGGCGGAGAGCAGCGGCGGGGACGAGGACGAUGACAGCGAUGAGAGGUGCGAAAUGAUCCUUCUGACUGACGGACGGAGCGUGCCCAUUGGGAAACCAGGAGGUAAGAAAAACAAAGAGCAGAAAACACUGAGGCUUAACAUCAACGCCAGAGAGAGGCGGAGGAUGCACGACCUGAACGACGCGCUGGAUGAGCUCAGAGGGGUCAUCCCUUACGCGCACAGCCCCUCGGUGAGGAAACUCUCCAAAAUUGCCACUUUGCUGCUCGCCAAAAACUACAUCCUCAUGCAGGCGCAGGCACUGGAGGAGAUGAGGCGGCUGGUGGCGUAUCUGAACCAGGGUCAAGCCAUAUCUGCCGCCUCGAUACCGGCCACCACCGCCCUCGCAGCUCCCGGGUUGGGCGCGUACGAGCAGCCGCCUGGAUAUCCCUUCCCACCCGGGGUGGCUUCAGCCUCCUGCCCACAUAAAUGUGCCCUAUUCAACAACGCCACCGCCAGCCUCUGCAAACAGUGCACUGACAAGCCUUAAGACUCCACAGACGCACAGGGGAGAGUUUGAAGAACACUUUGGGAGACCUGUGUUGUUGAUAGGCUAGAGACGAAGAAGUAAUGCCGAUGAAUACUUUUAUAAUAUUUACUAAAUGCAUUCAAAACGCGCUUUUUUGUUCAAACAAUACUUGAUUGUGUAUAUAAAUCAUCCUUUAAGUGCUGGUAUGAAUGACAGUGAAGACCAAACGCGAGGCCUGUGCGAGUGGCUGCGGUUCAGUGAGUUGUUGAUCACUUUGGACCUUUUUUCCCCAGGAGAUUUGGGUGACCUGACAACCUGCGACUUUUUAAAAACAUGGACACCUUCCUGGAGCGUUAGUCCAACCUCACUGCUGCUUCCUUAUUUAUUGAUUUUUUAUUUCCCUCACCUCAGAGACAUUUGCUUUCUGGUUCGAGGCCUGUUGUCAUGAACUUUUCUAUUGAACACGUGGAAUGUCAUGAACAAGGAGAUUAAAUAGAGGCUGGUUUCCAGAUAUUUAUGUGCUAACCCGGACACUUGUUAAUAGAUGCGCACGCCUAUUACAAUUCUUUAAUGGGGCACUGUGAUAUAAUACUAUUCAAGAAACAUUUAGAAACCUUCAAGAAUCAAGCUGUUUCGGUGUGUCUUUUUGUAAUUUAUUAAUUUGGAUAUUGAUAUUGGAUAUUCUGCCUGCAUUGCACAUUGUAGUCUCUUUCUGAGUUGUUGUAUUUUUUUUUUUUACACAAUAUGAUCGAGGUCUUCAGAUGAAUCGCGUUGUCAGGUCAAGAUGUGGAUUAUUGUAGAUACUUUAGUUAUUAUAUGGGCGAAGAGGGCCAUUUGUAUGUAUUUCAGUGUUGAAAAGCUUUAUUAAAAUAUUUUGAACAACAUAAAUACUUCUGCUCCUUCAUCU